GGUAUUCCCCAGGUUUAUCCGGCUUUUGGAAUAUGAGUAUGACUGUUUAGAUGUCGAUUUUUGGCCGUAAGUGUCAUCUUUGGCGACUUCAACAGAUCUAUAAGCACUUUUCGCCUUCUAGACAAUUUCAAACGAUGUCAGAUACCUUGCCUACUGCCGGAAUAAUCAUUAUUGGAGAUGAGAUAUUGAAAGGACAAGUUAGAGACACUAAUUCUCAUUUCUUCUGCAAGAGGCUGUUUGCUAUCGGAGUAAAGGUUGAGCGGAUCUCUGUUAUAUCUGAUGAUCUAGACACCAUAGCUGAAGAAGUUGCCAAGUUUUCUAAGAAGUAUACUCACGUAAUUACCUCUGGUGGCAUUGGUCCCACUCAUGAUGAUAAAACUGUAGAAGGAGUUGCCAAAGCAUUUAACGAGCCACUGCAUCUUCAUCCUGAGCUUGCUGAACUCUGUAAGAAGUACUUCCACAGUGACAACGGGGCGUAUAUGAAAUUUGCAAACGUCCCCGAGUCAGCCAAGCUACAAUACGGAACAGACAAGAAAACAGGACGGAAGAAUUACUUUCCACUCAUUUCUGUGAAUAAUGUUUAUAUCUUCCCUGGAGUACCCUCAAUUCUCGAAAGAGUGUUUCUUACCUUAGAAGACCUAUUCCGUAAUCCUGACAUUGAAUACCACACCGCCAGUAUCUACGUUCAAAAGGACGAGGUCUCCAUCACACCGAUACUCAACAAGUUUGUCGAUAAAUACAAGAAUUCCAUCGUCUUAGGGUCGUAUCCAGACUUUCAUAACAGCUACUACAAAGUCAAGUUGAAUUUAGAGGCUUUAAAGAAAGAAGUCUUGGAUAAAGCUGAAGAAGAAUUGAAAAGCAUGUUGCCUCAAGGUACCGUUGUAAACUUUGAUGAAGAUCCUUUCCUUCAUGCCGCGGAGCAAGUCUACAAAAUGGUCGAGUCCGAUGAGGAUACCGCCCUCCAUCGGAGCGUUAAACAAGCUAUGGCGAUCAUUGAAGAAGCGCUGAAAAAAUACAGCGUGUCGGAAUUAUGCGUUAGUUUCAAUGGUGGAAAAGAUUGUACAGUGAUUCUACACUUGGUCUACGCUGCACUGAAAAAACACUAUCCCGAUGAUACACUCCAAGCUAUGUAUGUCCAGUGUAGAAUGCCAUUCCCGGAGGUCGAAUCCUUCAUACAGAACUCAAAACAAAGUUAUAACCUAGAAUUAAUAGAACUGUCGGGAAAAAUCAAAGACUGUCUCGGCCGAUUGAAACAAGACCAACCACAUAUCAAAGCCAUGUUUAUGGGAACAAGAAACACAGACCCUUAUUCAGGUCACCUCGGUCACUUUGCCAAGACGGAUUCAGACUGGCCAGAGUACAUGAGGAUCAGCCCAAUCUUGGAUUGGGAUUACUCGGAACUGUGGGCAUUCCUUAGAAAACUUAACCUGCCAUACUGUGGUUUAUAUGAUAGGGGAUAUACAUCACUGGGAAGCAUGGACAAUACACACCCGAAUCCUAAACUACAAUAUACAGACGAUAAGGGCAUUUUACGAUAUCAACCAGCGUACCUCUUAGGCGACGCCAAACUUGAAAGGGAUGGCCGGAAUUGACAUGAGGACAAUAUUAGGUCAAAAUUAUAAUGUAUUCAGGAUAGGCUGUGAUAUUUUGGUGUUGAAUGCAAUGGAGUACUACGUAAUUGUAUAGCACGUUAGCCAAGUGAAACUCAUGUUCCUCUUCCUUGUACUCUUGCCCUACUCAGAGAGGGCAAUAUUGUUGUCCUAUUUGUGAUCUCAUUGUUUUGUUAGGAUUUAUACCGGUAGUGUAGUACCGGUAGACCAGAGGACUUGGACCAAAUCAUGCACCAAAUUGGAGAACAAUGAUGUGCUUGCUUCAUGUAUGUUGAACAUCUAGUGAUGUUCGAGUGGAGCACAAACAUUUGUCAGUGGGAGUAUGUGCCUGAGAGUGAACCAUAUCCUAGAGCACACCUUGUGAGAGUUCCCCACCUUAACACUAAUAAGGUACUGGGAACAACCCCAGGGGAACAACCUGGUUGGAAUACAGUUCUUUUUUCAGAUGUUUUUCCUAGUGAAUGUUAAGGAAAGUCACAAAAUAAAGUCCAAUUUCCAAAUACUAGUUCUUCAAUUAGCAGUCUAUUCCAUCCUUGCGUCAUGUGCUAGUAAUGUCAUGAAAUAGUCUUAUAA